GGCAAGCCUGGGGAGCGUGCCUGAAGUUCCGGCGCACACACAAUUGGAACGGUGGGCUGGACUAGGAAGUAAGCGCAGAGGAGGCGGCUAGCGGAAGGAAGCUGAGGUGAGCGAGGGGUCGCUCACGGAGGUGGGGUGCAGUUUGUUUUUGGAGUGAUACCAGAAUUCAGAUGGAUUUAGAGAUUAAAGGAAUUGCUGCAUCUCCAAGAAGACAACCACCAUUCUCUGCAAGGAAAAAGAAACUUGAUCAAGAAUGGAGGGCACACACAAAAUCAAGCCAUGGUCCUCGACCAGCAGAAGUUCCAUGCCUUGAUUUGGGGAAGCUGGGAGAUUCUGAAGAUGAGGAUGGAGAUUUUUAUGCCCCAUACAGUAACAGGGAUCCUCAUAUUGGUCCUCCAUAUUCAUCUUCAACUGUUAGCUGGGGUACACCAUUACAAAGUCCUUAUGCACAGCAUCAUGACACUCAACAGCUUUCACUGUCGGAACAAAAUAUAGUUCCAGAAAAUUUGCCUCCUCCAACAGAUGCAUACAAACUGAAAUAUCAGGAAUAUGAAGCAGAAAUGAAAGAAGGAUAUAAGCAGUAUUCUCAAAGAGAAGCAGAAAAGAAAGCAAAGAACAGUCAGUCUCAUGAAUCACCAAGAAAAACCAGCGAGCAAAAGGAUUCACAGCCUGAAAACCAACGGAUUGAUGAAUUGACAGCUCUUGAUGAAAAAGCCCUAUUACAACAGUGCUAUACAAACAAACCCUACACAGGGAAGCAGAGCAUAAGGAAAUUGGAAGCAGAGGAUGUUGCAGUAGAGAGAAAAAAACAAACUGUAGUGGAACAAGUAAUGAUAGAUCAGUUAUGUAGAGCUGUAAUAAGUGACCCAGAACAAAAUGGAAAUACUGAUAUCUGUGAGAAGGAUCCCAUCUUUCCUGGAUUAAGGACAGCACCUCUGCGCUUUAGGAGAAGAGCAUUACAUGAAACUAAAAUAAGGACUAGGUCAGCAUUGACUGAAAAUAUGCUUUCUAACAAGCUACGCUUUGAUGGUAGAUUAAUAUCAACAAAUGGACGUGAUGCUUGUCGAGAACUGAUUGGAUUUUUCUUUGCAUAUGAUAAGUCUUUAACUAUAUAUGAGUAUCGGCAAUUUGGUAAAAAUAGGACAAAUGCUCUACCUUUCAUUCAGAAGGGAGUUUAUGGUCAUCAGCGUGGACAAAGAAAACAAAAACAGUACAUUCUUAAUGACUUCUAUGUUGGAGCAGACCUGACUUUCUUGAGCCUUCAUCAUCCUGGCCUUCCGGAAAGUAUUAAACGAAAACCAGUAUUUACAAUCCGAGUCACAAAUAUUGAUGAAACUGCUAGAGCUUUUCUGAAGGCUGUAGAUACAGAAAUUGAAGAACAUUGCAUCAAACAGGAUGGUGAUGUCAAGAGAAUUUUUCAAAAUGUUCAAGAUAAGUUGAAAGAAAAAUUAAUUAAAAGAGGAGUUCGUAUUGUGACAGGAUUAGGAAAGUAUUUCAGAGAGCUGGAAAAGAAACAGAAAGGAGUGCUUACCAAAGCAGACUUCAAACAUGCGCUGAAAGUGUUUCAUUUAGAAGUGCCUGAAGAGGAUUUUGAGUCUUUGUGGUUAAUACUUGAUGGUUAUAAUGGUGAAAUUGAUUACUCUGAAUUUACCCGUGGCAUUCUUGGAGAAAUGAAUGAAUACAGAAAAGCAUUUGUCAGAAAAGCAUAUAUGAAACUGGAUUACAGCAAAACCGGUAGUGUACCUAUGGUAGAUAUCAAGAAAUGUUAUUGUGCUAGAAGACACCCUCAAGUCCUAGCAGGUAAUACUACAGAGGAAGAAAUUAAAUCUUCAUUUCUAGAGACACUGGAAGAUGCAUGCAGCAAUCCCAAUGAAGUUUUAUUCUGUGAGUUUGAGGAUUAUUAUGAAGGAUUAAGUAUUGGAAUGAUAGAUGAUGAAGAUUUUGUGAAUACUUUGAGGAAUUCUUGGGGAAUUUAAAAAAAUAUAAUAUUUACAUGGAUGUGGUUGUCAUGGGGUGAGGGAAACAAGAGAGGCCUUGAGACCCCUGAAUCCUAAAUUUACUCAUUUUUAUCUACACUUCCAACUGGUCAGCAACAGUUCUUCUUGAGUAAUCUCUGUGGUUUUGCUGCCCCUACCUCUCCCAUAUUUCUGCAGAUGCUCUUGGAGAUGGUAAAUAUCUAGAAUGUCAAAAGUCAAAAUAAUUUGGCCUGAACAGUCUUUAAGACAUUUUAAUAAAGGUUUAGAAUGUUGCUGGUUUACCCCCUUUUGACAUUUGCGAGAUAAAUAUAGUUUACUUGCAUAGAGAUCCCUUUCCUUCUCCAAUGCCUUCUUUUAAACGUAUGGGAGGAUCUCCAUUUAAAAAAGGCUCAACGUGAAUUGUUGGCCUUAAUGUCUACAGCGGCUAAGCGUGUUAUUGCUACCAAAUGGAAGGCAAGUUCUUCCCCUUCAAUUCAUGCUUGGACUCUAAAACUUGUCUUACUUGACAAGAUCACCAAUACUGGUUUAGCAUCAUUUAAUGCUCACAAAUACACCUCGUUUACCCAGAAAUCAAAACAUUUCUACUUGUGGAACUCAGGUUUUGUUAAUCAGUACUCCUCUGUAACACCUGAGGAUUACUUGGACUUAAUAUCUCUCUUCUGACUCCACUGACCCACUUCCGUCCCUUCCUCCCUUCCCGCCCUUUUUCUUUUUCUCUUCUUCUUUUCCUCCCCCCCUUUUUUUCUUUCUUUCUUUCUCACCAUAUAAAUUCCACAAACAACAAUAGGAAGCCAUGUACAUGAACUAGCUGUGAUUGAUUUCAUAAAGUAAUUAAGACACUGGUAUUUUUGUUAUCCUUUGUAUAUAAUGCACUCACAAGGAUAGAUUGUAUUUUGUGUUGUUGUUUUUCCUUUCACUUCCUCUGAAAAAUUAAUUACACUCCUAGUGUGACGUAUGUGUGUGUGUAUACACAUACACAUUUGUUAUUGUUGUUCUGUGUAAUAACAAAUAUUACAAUAAAAGUAAGCUUCUGAAACAAUAAAUAAAUAAAAAUAGUUUACUUUCUUUUGAAUAGAAUUUGAAAUCGCAUCCUAUAUAAUGCAUUACAUUAUAUUUGUUAUUGCAGAAUAGGCUUAAAUAUGUAAAAUAUGGAAGAUGUGUAAGAUGAAAAGCUUGGUCUGACAUAGAUACAGCAUUGAAAAAUUUAAAAAGAAAGCAUACAGCAAUUACUGUGAUUUUUUUUUAGCAUGUUGGUGUAGAGUUCUUGAAUAUAUUUGGAAGUUAUUUUACCCCAGAGUACACAUGUAUUGAGAAACUGGUACCAUAGUAAUUCCCAACUUGUUUCUGACAAUGCAUGCUACAUAAAAAUAUAUUUUGAAGUGACUCUUCUGGUAAACGUCAUGUAUUUUCACUUCAGCAGUAACAAAUAAAACAAAAUAUUAUUUGAAACUCAG